AUGCCUGUCGUCAAAGGAGGUGUUUGGACCAAUAUCGAGGACGAGGUCCUUCGAGCGGCCGUCUCGAAAUAUGGUCUCAACCAGUGGGCUCGUGUGUCGUCUCUCCUCGCCCGCAAGACCCCGAAGCAGUGCAAGGCACGUUGGAUCGAAUGGCUGGACCCUGGUAUUCGCAAAGUGGAGUGGUCGCGAGAGGAGGACGAGAAGCUUCUGCACCUGGCGAAGCUGAUGCCAACGCAAUGGCGUACAAUCGCCCCCAUUGUCGGACGUACCGCAACCCAGUGCCUCGAGCGUUAUCAAAAACUUUUGGAUGAGGCCGAAGCUCGUGAGAACGAUGAGCUUGGUUUGGGAGGACCAGAGGGUGGAGAGACGGCGGCUCCUAGUGCGGAUGAUGUCCGUCGCCUUCGUCCCGGAGAGUUGGAUCCCGAUCCAGAGUCUAAACCUGCACGCCCCGAUACGAUCGACUUGGAUGAAGAUGAGAAAGAGAUGCUGAGUGAGGCUCGUGCCCGUCUCGCCAAUACACAAGGUAAAAAGGCCAAGCGCAAGGCCCGAGAGCGUCAAUUGGAGGAAUCGCGUCGAUUGGCAGUGUUACAGAAGCGUCGUGAACUGAAGCAUGCCGGUAUCAAUGUCAAGGUGGUCACUCGGAAGCCCGGCCAGAUGGAUUACAACGCCGACAUUCCCUUUGAAAAGCCAGCUGCUUCGGGAUUUUACGACACAACCGAAGAACAAACCCUGAAUGAGCGCCAACGGGAGAUGUUCGACCCUCGCAAGCAACAGCUGGCCAACAAGCGGAAGGGCGAUCAAGAUGAAGAUGCCGAGCGCAAGAAGCGCAAGAAUGAUAAGAAUAGCAACUCGGCUGCUUUCGCUGCGGCUGCACGUGCAGGUCAAAUGCAAAAGAUUCGCGAAGCAGAGCAGAGCAGCAAGCGUCGGGGUCUGGUUCUGCCGGCGCCACAGGUUAGCGAGAGUGAAAUGGACGAUAUCAUUAAGAUGGGCAUGGCUGGAGACAAGGCCAGCAGGAUGAGCGCCGAUGAAGAAACCACUCGGGGUCUUAUUGGAAACUAUGGUGCGAUUGUUGGAGGAACUCCUAUCCGGACGCCGCGAGCUGCACCCGAGGAGGAUCAUAUCGCCAAUGAAAUUAAGAACAUUCGGGCUCUUACCGAAACUCAGUCUUCGCUGCUUGGAGGAGAGAACACUCCUCUCCAUGAAGGCAGUUCCUCAACCGGGUUUGAAGGGAUUGCCCCUCGACGACAGGAUAUUGUCACGCCCAACCCCAUGGCCACUCCCUUCCGACAGGCCAAUGGUUUGGGAGCCACCCCCAUGACUGGUGGAGUUGGACCUGGGGCCACGCCCUUGCGCACACCUCGCGAUCACUUUGCGCUGAAUAAAGAGGGCCAGGGGCCACAACUUGUCGGUAGCACUCCUCGAGAUAUCAAGAUGCAUGAGAAUUCCAUGCGCCAGUCCAUGCGCAGCAAGCUCGCUUCACUCCCCAAGCCCAAAGAGACCGAGUGGGAGCUGGAAGAGCUUCCAUCUGAGGCUGCAGAGCCAUCUGCUACUGUGGAAAUGACCGAGGAGGAUGCGGCUGAACGUGAUCGCAGAGAGAAGGAGGCAAGGGAAAAGGCCGCUCAAGCGGAGUUCAAGCGCCAGUCUCAGGUAUACCAGCGUGGUCUGCCUCGACCUGUCGUUCUUGACCUCGAUGCCUUGAUGCAACGUGCGUCUCAAGUGACAGACCCCGUGGAAGGCUUGAUUGCUAGAGAAACUGCUGUCAUGAUAGCAUACGACUCACGCAGGCACCCGGUGCCUGGUGCCAAGGUCGAAGGGAAAGCACCAAAACUGGACCGUCUGGAUGAUACGUUCUUGGAAGCUGCUCGUGCAGCCAUUGCUGCUGAGAUUGCUUCGGAAGAGGCACGGCAACAGCAAGAGGAAUGGCAAGAAAGGUUUGAUGACAUCUGGUCAUCCACUCGAGCUACAGUCCUUCCCGGCCUGGAGAACUACGAAGAUGAAGAGGAAAAUGAUGACUUCCAAGAGGAACAGCGCAUGAUUGCAGCCUUUGACGGUGUGCAGGCAUCUCUGCUCGCCACCGCAGAGAAGGGCAACAAGCUAGAGAAGAAGCUGGCAUUGCAUUAUGGCGGAUACCAAAAUCGCGCCAAGAUGCUACGAACCAAGAUUUUGGAAGCUGGCGCGGCCUUGCCUAAGGCACAAGAUGACCUGGACUCGUUCCGUUCUCUGCAGAUAUCUGAGGAGGCUGCCGUCUCUCGGCGACUAGAGCGCCUGCGGGAGGAGGUGUCCUUCAUGAUGCGCCGAGAGCGGGAGGCACAGGAAUUGUACAAGAGCCGAAAGGACGAGUUGGAUGAGCUUGUCGCUGGUACAGCUACGAUCAAUGGUUGGCAUUGA